UCUGUGCACAUGGAAAUAUUCCCUUUGAAGCACCAUCUGGUGUAAUAAUUCAUUGCCUAGUUUGUUGUUAAUAUUUGUGAAUGUAUCUAUAAUCAUGUGUCAUAAUCUACCUGCAGUCCAUUUGGGUGACAUGUUUUCUCUUCUUCCCUAGUUGAUUAUAACUUGAAAAUAGCAGCAUCACAAUCAGCAUUGUCUGUGGUCGUGUUUUUCUGUGGGGCUAGAUUAGGAUUUUUCAGCUGCUAUGUCCUGAUUAAUGUAAUUGGCACAAUAUUAAUGCAGUUCUUGAAUGAUCCACAUAAAGCCGUGAAUGAUUCUGACAACCACCAACACCAAUAUCUUGAAGGAACGAUGGCAUUUAACAUCAGACAACAUACAGAUGAAAACAGAGACCUUGCUGAUGAUCUGUAUAAGAGAGUGCGAAUCCUGUGCUGGGUGAUGACUGGGCCCCAGAAUCUGAAAAAAAAGACCGAACAUGUCAAAGCCACCUGGGCUAAAAAAUGUAACUCUGUGCUUUUCAUGAGCUCUAAAAAAAACAAAGAUUUCCCUACAGUGGGACUCGAUGUUAAAGAAGGCAGACAGCAUCUUAAUAGAAAAACUAUCGAAGCAUUCCGUUAUGUUUUUGACCAUCAUUUGAAUGAAGCUGAUUGGUUCUUGAAAGCAGAUGAUGACACAUACGUUAUUGUUGACAAUCUGCGUUGGCUAUUAUCAACGCAUUCUCCAGAUCAACCCAUAUUCUUUGGAAGAAAAUUUAAGCCAUUUGUUCAGCAAGGGUUCAUGAGUGGUGGAGCUGGAUAUGUACUUAGCAGAGAAGCAUUGAAAAGAUAUGUUGGUGCCUUCAAGACUGGGAAAUGCAAUUAUUCAACAGGUGCAGAGGAUGUAGCCGUUUCAAAGUGUAUGCAGAGCCUUGAUGUAGAUGCUGGCGACUCCAGGGACACAAAUGAAAGGGAAACCUUUCAUCCUCUUACGCUAGAUCAUCAUUUGAUAAAAAACUAUAUACCGCAAUCAUCCUGGUACAGAAAAUAUUGUUUCUAUCCCAUUACAGAGGGUCCUGGAUGUUGUUCGGAUCUGUCAGUGUCAUUCCACUAUGUCAAUGCUGCGACCAUGUAUCUUUUAGAGUACUUGACUUAUCAUCUCCGACCAUACGGCUACAAGUAUAGAUAUUAUCCAGAGUCUGCAACAAAGGACUUGAAGCAGACAUAGAUUUCUGUGAAACAUCUGUUCAAAUUCAUUUGUUGGAAAUGAAUGGUCAUCAAAAAUGUCUUGGAGAUUUGCUUUUUGCGCAAAGUACACUGGACAACACAGCAACAGAAGUAAUGAUAUGGCAUGGUUGUAAAGAAUCACACAUGGACAUCCGUGGGAUUUUAUUCUUUUAUUACUGGCUUGAAAAAUCAAGCAAUGAAAUUUGUAUCAUGAUCAACAAAAUAAGUUUGGAAUGUGUCUCAUGGGAACUACAUUGUCUUACCUCUUGAUGUUUAAGUGAACAUAAGAAGAAAUUGAUUUAUUUUUGGAUUUGCUGCAUUCUUUCACGGGCAGCCUGACGACAUUAUAUCUGUUCUCAUUGUUGCCUGAGAAGAAAGAAAACUAUUUAGAGCUGCUGUUUACAAUCCUGUUUACAAAACAUACUUAUUGGGUACAAAUAUAUCUUCAUAUCCGAUGUUCCAGGUGUGGAUUCCUGUAUAUCGGCGAGACCAAGAGCAGGCUCGGUGAUCAUUUUGCUGAACACCUCCGCUCAGUCCGCCUAAAUCUACCUGAUCUCCCAAUUACUCAGCAAUUUAACUCCCCCUCCCAUUCCCACUCUGACCUUCCUGUCCUGGGCCUCCUCCAUUGUCAGAGUGAGGCCCAGCGCAAAUUGGAGGACCAGCACCUCAUAUUUCGCUUUGGUAGCUUGCACAUAGCCUUUGCUUUACCUCUCUCUACCCUCCCCCCCUUCCCAGUUCUCCUACCAGUCCUACUGUCUCUGACUACAUUUUAUCUCAGUAUUGCCCACUCCCCUGACAUCAGUCUGAUGAAGGAUCAUGACCCAAAACGUCACCCAUUCCAUCUCUCCAGCGGUAUCCCGUUGAGUUACACCAGCGCUUUGUGUCAACCUAUAGUUAAUGGGGUUGGCUCUAUAACUUUUUUUAUAAACGGAAAUAACUGCUAUUUUAUAACUCAUUUAAAUCUACAGAUGUUUGGAUGAUCACAUGUUGACAAUCUGACAUAUGUUAUGUUUUUAUUUCUCUGCUUUACUCACUAUCUUUGAAUUAAUGCACAAUUUUUCUGCCCAUCUCUCCCUCAUAUAACACGACUGGCCCUUCAGUUUCUACACCUUGAAGGCCUCCAACUGAUGAUUUAUCUGCUAUAAUUUGAGUCCUGUCCACCUGAGCCAGACUUGUCCUUAGUCUGUGUGUGAUAGUGUUAGUGAGCGGGGAUCACCAGUUGGUGCCGAAUCAGUGGGUCAAAGGGACAGUUUUGAUGCUGUAUCUCCAAAGUGAAAUAAGAAAAAUCUAUAUCCUAUUAUAUAAUUUGAGACUUU